CCGAUACUCCCCAGUGGCGGCGGCGGCGAGCGGCGGAGGGCAUGGAGGAUCAGAAGCUGCCUUGUGUGCUAAUUGACUGUAUAGGAGAGAAGCACGGAGUAUAUGAAGAACAUGCUGAAUUUCUGAAGGAACAUUUUUGUCUCAUCACCAUGAAAGAAUAUAUUGAAAACAAGAAAAUUCUUGGCAAAAAGAUCAGAGCUAUUUAUAUGUGGUAUCACAAACCAGUUAUUAAUGAAGAAUUACUCCAGAGCCUACCUAACCUAAAGAUAGUUGCAAGCUCUGGAGUGGGAAUAGAUCAUUUGGACCUGAACCUCCUCUCCCGCUAUGGUGUGAAAGUGUCUAACACUCCAUUUAUUGUUUCCACUGACACUGCAGACUUGGGGAUGGCUUUGAUGCUGGCAUCCUCCAGGAGACUUGUGGAAGGCUAUCAAAUGGCAGUUUCCCCUGACACUGAAUAUUUCCCUGCCAACUGGCUGGGGGCUGAGGUUUCUGGAGCUACUCUAGGGAUCAUUGGAAUGGGCACCAUUGGCUACAAAGUGGCUGAGAGAGCCAAAGCCUUUGAAAUGAAAAUUUUGUACCACAACAGGAAACAGAGAAACAAGGAAGAAGAAAAUGCUGUUGGAGCCAUCUACUGUAAGAAGAUAGAUGAUUUGCUCCAGCAGUCGGAUUUUGUGAUGCUAGCUGUGAACCUGACACCUCAGACACACAAAUUGAUUGGGAAGAGGGAACUUCAGCUGAUGAAACCCACAGCUACUCUCAUUAACAUCAGCAGAGGUCUGGUUGUAGAGCAGGAUGAUUUGGUGGAAGCCCUUCAAAACAAAGUUAAGGCAGCUGCUCUGGAUGUGACAUAUCCUGAACCUUUGCCAAGGGAUCACCCGUUGUUAAAAAUGGAGAAUGUUUUAAUAACUCCUCACAUUGGAAGUGCCACCAAAAAGACACGCCACCUUAUGAUGGAAAACAUGACUGAAAGCAUACAAGCAGCUCUUACAAAUCUUCCUAUCCCUCAUGAAGUAUUACUGUAAAGUGGCUUGCAUUUAAUGUUAACAUCAUUAGUGUUUAUCCUAGUGUGAGGAAACAGUAAUUUGAUAACCUUUCAUGUAAUUAGCCCAUAUAUGUUAUACAGAUUAAAUGUACAAGUAUGAUUUUAAUUAG